GGACGUCUUCCAACAUCCCUCGCCGCAGUCCCCCACCGCUGCCGCCUAGCACGAGUCCGAGUAGACGCUCCGCUGCCCCGCAUCUCGGCCUCCGUGGCGGUGGCGGGCUGCUCGCCGCCGCCGCCUGCCACCGGCCAUCCUCCUCCCGAGCCCCAUGUUGUCCUGUUGUUCUAUCCUAUUUUGCACUGCUGGUUGUCCUGCUCUUCCAGCUGAUUGCAGUGGUGUUCUUCUCGCAGUUUGAAGAUGGAUUUGAAGGACAGCCUCUCCAGAUUUAAGCAGCAACAGGAGAGGUGCCAGUCAUCUUUGGCCAGCAUAGCUGCAAGCCAAGCUUCAACCACAAAACCAAAGCACAGGGCCCAACCGAUUAAUGCUCCAUCUGCUCCAGCAAGGCCUGCACAACCUAUUAAAUUUUCAAACGAUACAGAAAGGCUGCAACAUAUUAAUUCGAUUAGGAAAUCUCCUGUUGGGGCACAGAUCAAACUUGUCAUUGAACUGCUUUACAAGACAAGACAAGCUUUUACGGCAGAGCAGAUAAAUGAUGCAACUUACGUUGAUAUCAAUGCUAAUAAGGCUGUCUUUGACAGUCUGAGGAAUAACCUCAAAGUACAGUAUGAUGGGAGGCGUUUCUCGUACAAGUCCAAGCAUGAUCUGGAGGGGAAAGAUCAACUACUUGAUUUGAUAAGGUGUCACCAGGAGGGUCUUGCUGUUGUGGAAGUGAAGGAUGCAUACCCAAGUGUGUUGGAAGAUUUGCAGGCUCUGAAGGCAGCAGGUGAAGUUUGGCUGUUGUCAAACAUGGAUUCACAGGAGGACAUUGUUUACCCUAACGAUCCAAAAGUGAAGAUCAAGGUUGAUGAUGACCUGAAGGAGCUCUUCCGUGGGAUUGAGUUACCGCGUGAUAUGGUUGAUAUCGAAAAGGAGCUCCAGAAGAACGGCAUGAAGCCGAUGACCGACACCACCAAACGACGAGCAGCAGCCCAGAUCCAUGGCGUGAAACCCAAGGCUAAGCCUAAGAAGAAGCAACGCGAGAUAACUAAACGGACCAAGCUCACGAAUGCCCAUCUGCCUGAGCUGUUCCAACAUCUUAAAUCUUGAUUGUGCCGUUAUCAGCAACUCCGAUGUAUUUCGUUUCAUCCUACCUCUAGUUAAUGUCAUCACAAUUUUAUGUGUGCCUGCAACCCUAGUUUGUGGUUAUGUGAGCUCCAAGAUCUUGAUCCGAGAGCCCUGUUGUAUGUAGCAUAAUCUGACUUGAAGAGUUUGAGAUUGUUCUUGAUGAUCA